CACGGAAAGCACUCAAAGUCCCGCGAUACUAGCUGGCGCACGCCUACGCUGAAUAAACCCAUCAACUGUAAUCCUCAGUGUACACAGCGGAAUCCUCUGCGGGUAUUUUCUGCCUCAAAUAAAGCAAAGAAAUGGACAACACUGGGAAAGAAAAGGAAGCGAUUCAGCUAAUGGCCGAAGCUGACAAAAAAUGCAAAUCCUCUGGCUCGUUUCUGGGAGGGAUGUUUGGAGGAGGACCUCAGAAAGUGGAAGAAGCAUGUGAGAUGUACUGCAGAGCCGCCAACAUGUUCAAGAUGGCCAAGAACUGGAGUGCUGCUGGAAGUGCGUUUUGCAAGGCAGCACGUCUCCAUAUGCAACUGCAGAACAAACAUGACUGUGCCACCAGUUUCAUUGAUGCAGGAAAUGCUUACAAGAAGUCGGACCCCAAUGAGGCAAUCAAGUGUUUAAAUGCUGCCAUCGAUAUAUACACAGACAUGGGAAGAUUCACCAUCGCAGCCAAACACCACAUCAGUGUCGCAGAGAUCUACGAGUCUGAACUGGUGGAUAUCGAAAAGGCUGUUGCACAUUAUGAACAAGCAGCAGACUACUACAAAGGGGAAGAAUCCAACAGCUCUGCCAACAAGUGUCUGCUGAAGGUGGGGGCUUACUGUGCUCAGCUGGAGCAGUACCAGAAGGCUAUUGAGAUCUACGAGCAGGUUGGAGCCAACACGAUGGACAACCCAUUGCUUAAAUACAGCGCCAAAGAGUAUUUCUUCAAAGCGUCCCUCUGUCAUUUCAUCGUUGACGAGCUCAACGCUAAGAUUGCUAUUGAAAAAUAUGAGGAGAUGUUCCCGGCUUUCUCAGACUCUCGAGAAUGCAAACUGUUGAAGAAGCUUCUUGAGGCUCAUGAGGAACAGAACAGUGAAGCGUUCACCGAUGCAGUAAAGGACUUUGACUCCAUCUCCCGUCUGGACCAGUGGCACACAACCCUCCUGCUGCGCAUCAAAAAGACCAUCCAGGGCGACGAAGGGGAUUUGAAAUGAAAGAAGCCCAGGGGUAAAAAAAAAAAAAAAAAUGCAGCACGGAGGGACAUCCAUCACGCAUGCUUUCACACAACACACACACACACACACACACACAUUUUCACUAACUUCCCUGUGUAUAGCAUCUGGAGAUGAGUGUCUGCUGAUGACUUUGAAUAUUCCACUGCUAUACCGUCAGAGUACUAUCUUUGCUUUCCUUACGAGCAUAUCUGAAUCUAGUCGCCCUCACCUCUGUCUAGAGGAUUGCUGCACACCUUUUCUGCUGAAAUCUGUCCUGGGGCAUUUCAGAGCAGUAUAUUGUAUUGAAACUGAUGUUAGUAUUGACAACAAGCACUGCAUGACAUGUUUUGUACAAUUAUUGUUUCCUAGUCGGAUGCAGAUAGUUUUCUUUUUUUUUUUUUUUUUUUUAAAUCUAGUUUAUUAUAUAUUAAACAGGUUAUUUAAAUGUUUCUGUUUGUUCUACAUAGGAUUAUCAUGGUGUGUAUGGAUUUCGAGAAUGUAUCACUGUUUUACUUUUUUAUUUGUUGGAGUAGAAUUGAAAGGGUCCAAUCAUGAUUGUUCUUACAACUAAAGUCAUUACAGCCACACAAAAAGGUGAUUCUGUUUCCAUUUGGUCACCAAUGAGGAGAGACUCUUCUUGUAGAAGGGCAACGAUAUGCACUGUGUAGACUGUUAAACAUUUGUGUGUUGUUUCCGCACAUUCAUACUUGCAUUACUUCAGGACCAUUUAUUAUUACUUUAGGAUUUGUUGAUGUAAUAAUACUUUGAAUGUUUGAAUCUGUAAGCUGUGAUUUAAGGUUUGCUGGAAAACAUUUUUAAAUGAAAAGCCCUGAUGUGGAAACGGUUCCCAGGGCAGUAUUCUUGGGGAAAUGUGCUACAUUAGUUACUCAUCUUGUGCUGUGGUUGUGAUGUGAACUUAACAUUGAAGGUUUACUACUGCAGUGCACCUUCCAAAUGGCCAGUCGCUAAGCAUGUCAUUGUGUAUAGAUUAGUGUUGUGUUACAUUCACUAGUGUGAGCCAGACCAAAGUUUUUAGAAAAGGGUCAUUCACCCUGCGUAUCCAGCUUCUUCCAGAUGGAAUGACGAUGGACCUUGGAUAUGAUCUGUAUGCUCGUGCGGAUGGACAAUAAUAAAGAUAUUAUAAUCCCA